AUGCGUAAAGGAACAGAGUACACACCAUGGUAUUCAGGACAAAAUAAAUUCGCCAAUCAAUCUGGUAGUGGUGGAUUUAUGAAAGUCCGUGACGUUAUACCACACUCUAAGGGUGGCAAAGAAAUCGAUGAGGAAAUGAAACGAAAAUGUGAAGGUGUUGUGCCAUUACAAGCUGGAACGAACAAACUGGCCUCACAAAAGGGAAUGACUGGAUUUGGUACCCCAAGAAAUACGCAACUGCCAAGCGGUUGGAAAAAAGAAUGGUAA